UUCUUUUUCAAAUGAUGUGGCAUCAUAAAAUUAACGUUUACUAAACACAGCACAAAAUCAAUUUCGAUAUCGAAUGUAAAUUGUGACAUUUCGAAACAAGUAAUUUAGCGAGAACUUUUGUUGCGUAUUCCACUGAAAGUAGUCCUUUGAGUCGCAUUAAAAUGGCCAACACACCUGCUCCUGCCGCUGGAUCUGCUCCCGUUAUGCGUGGUUUGCACAACAUGCAAACCAAACGUCAAUUGGCUAUUGCUAUUGGCUUGACAGCCUGUAUUACAAUUGGCUUCAAAAUGUUGGUCAACAACCCCAAAAAGGAAGCCUAUGCUGAAUUCUACAAGACUUACGAUGCACAAAAGUCAUUUGAACGCAUGAAGGCCAAUGGUCGCUUCCAAUCUUGCUAAACUAUUUGUUCGAUGGAAGCAUUUAGCCAAAUACAAUUGCUAAUUUAAUCUUUAACAGUAUAAACCAAACUAAAAACAAAUAGAAAAAAUUCUAUACGAAAAAAGAAAAAAACAAAA